CAUUAACAGAGAUCACGCGGCCCCAGGACGGACGGCUCACCCGGGCCGCCCCUUCCGGAAAUAGCCAGUCCCUCCUCGGCCCCCGGUCCGAUAGCGGCUCGGAGGCCCUUUUCACUUAGAGUUAAUGGAUCUAACGCGAUUUACAAUUAGGAUGUGGACUUAGGUAAUUCUAGUAAGCCGGGAUUGAGUUUUCGACAAAUUCCAUCAUUCAACCCCUUGGAACAACUGGAUUCACGACUGACACAGAUGGGAUGAAGGAAAAGAGUAAGAACGCAGCACGGAGUAGAAGAGAAAAGGAGAAUACGGAAUUUCUAGAACUGGCCAAACUUCUGCCGCUCCCGGCCGCCCUCACGUCCCAAUUGGACAAGGCGUCGAUAAUCAGAUUGACGACCAGUUAUCUCAAAAUGAGGCACCUAUUUCCAGAAGGGCUCGGCGACGCCUGGGGGGCUGCGCCCCCGCCGUCAAUUCCGAGGGAGGCCUCCAUCAGGGAACUGGGAUCGCAUCUAUUACAGACUCUAGACGGUUUCAUAUUCGUAGUCGCUCCUGAUGGAAAAAUAAUGUACAUAUCGGAAACUGCUUCUGUCCACUUAGGCCUCUCUCAAGUCGAACUGACUGGCAACAGCCUGUUCGAAUACAUUCAUCCGAAUGAUCACGACGAAAUGUCAUCCGUGCUUUCCCUCCAACAACCUCUUCCACACCACCACCUUCUACAAGAAUUCGAAAUGGAAAGGGCUUUCUUCAUACGCAUGAAGUGUGUUUUGGCGAAAAGGAACGCCGGACUUACGACAGGAGGGUUCAAGGUGAUCCACUGCUCCGGCUACCUAAAAGUGAAGCAGUACUCCCUCGAGGCAUCCGGAUACGAGACCUGCUACCAGAACGUCGGCCUGGUCGCAGUCGGACACUCGCUUCCACCCUCGGCGAUCACGGAAAUCAAACUUCACUGCAACAUGUUCAUGUUCAGGGCGUCACUCGAUCUCAAACUGAUAUUCUUAGACGCGAGGGUGUCCCAGUUGACCGGAUACGAACCGCAGGACCUGAUUGAAAAAACUCUGUAUCACUACAUCCACACAGCAGAUAUGAUGCACAUGCGAUAUUCCCAUUGCACCUUAUUAUACAAAGGACAAGUGACGACAAAAUACUACAGGUUCCUGGCCAAAGACGGUGGUUGGGUUUGGAUGCAGAGUUACGCCACGAUUGUCCACAAUUCGCGCUCCAGCCGGCCACACUGCAUCGUCAGCGUAAACUACGUUCUGAGUGAAUGGGAGGAGAAAGACGUUAUUUUGACGAUGGUGGGUGGCGAUGAGCCUUCGACGACCAGGACCACCCCUGCGGUACCAGUCGCUGCGAACCCUGCGCCGAUCGGCGUUGAAGAACCGGCUCCGUCCUACCACCACCACCAACCUCAGUUGCAUCUGCAGCCGACAGACAUCUACCAACCUCAGCUCUACGAGCAGUACCCCCCUUCGGAACCUUCCUACCCUUCGGCCGAGUUGUACUACGCGACGGCGGCCGGAUAUUCGGAAUCCGGCUGCCUGGGUAGACCUUAUUCCAGUUCUAGCUGUUCCAGCGGCGAAGACCCUCCAUCCUGCUCUUACACGGCACCUCAUCAUUCCUCCACCCCGCCGACCUACACCUCCGUCAUCGUAGACUCCCAGCAUUACGUCAACGAAUUCGUUCACUGACCUGGUUUCGAAAGAAAAACAAAAAAAUUACGUGCAGACAAUAACCAAAGAUACCCAGUAUUAAAUCCCAGUGAAAAGUGUAUAUACAAUAGUAGUUAAGAACGAUUUUUUUUUAAGUAAAUUUUGUUUCCAUAAAUAUAUACAUAUAUAUAUUAAAAAAAUAACAUUUCUGGUUGUGUGUAAUUUAUAAAUCGGAUAUGCUCCAGGGCGAGUUUAUGUGAUAACUGGCUCUUCGAAUCAGAAAAUUAAUAGAAAAAAAGGAAUGCCCAACAUGUCUUCCAUUUUUGAAAAGAGGGACAUUGAAAAAUCUCUAGAUAGCUAUUUAAUAUAAAUUAAACUAUAAAUAUUAUAAAUAAAAUUGUACAUUGUACGAUACAUCAAGUGUAUAUACUAUAUUGUAAAAUAUGUUAUUUUUGUGUCAACGGAAAAUAUAACAAGA